AACCCGCCCGAACGAUGAAAACGCACGCCCGUCCAAUCUCCGGACCCUCCUCUUGCCCAGCUCGCCGCCACGCGUCCUUUAUUUCAUGCAUUUUUCUCCCCGGUCGCGCACACCGCUGCCACUCGCAAGCCUCUAAACCGCAGGCUGUGUCUGACGUUGUCUCUGCUGUCUGGUGAUCCAUGCGACUCUGUAAAGCGACGCGGCGGACGGUCGUCUCGAUUUCGGUCCUCUACUUCAAAGCGCAGCCCUAUGUCGCGUACUUUCACUGGUAUCGGUCCGACAUGAGCCUCUUUCUGACUCUGGCGAGGAUCGUUGUUCCUGCGGUGGCUGGGGCCGCUAUGGCCUCGGUUGGGUUCAUCCUGAGCGUUCUUGGUGCCAUCGCCCAAGGCUUCGUAUCCGCAUUCCUAGCUCUGCCUCCAGAAGAACAACGCCUGCGAGUCGAGCCCAAGCUUCUCACUCCAACACUUCAUUCUCGCAAUGCCUCAACAGCAUCCCUUUACUCCGUCGCUCUCUCACACGACUCGGACUCAAUUGGUCGGACGACUUCAGAAACUGCAUCUUCAAAACAACAAGCCAAGAUUCUGGCCGAGGAUAAAGGAAGAAUACUUGACGUUCCUCCAUCUCCGUCUCCUCCGAUCUCGCGGUCAUCGUCCCAGCAAGUGGCAAGCGGGUCAAACCUACUCCAACUGUCGAAGGAGGCCAUCAUUCGCAGCCGCUCGCCCGUCCGACGCAUCGCGUGUCAAAUCCAAGAGGACUGCAGAAUUCGGAGGGCGACUCGCAAGAGCACGUCUCCACCCUCGAUAUCAGUCGCGCUCCCUUCGCCGCUCACGCCGAUCCCCUCUGCGGACCCAUCCACGCCUUCGCUAUCAGAACAACAAUCUUUGGCUUCACACAGUUCUGGUGCGGAGAGCUCACGGCCCAAGGUCAAUAGGUCCGUCACCUCGCCGACGACGAGCAGUAUGUCCUCCUCUCCUCAUUCCUCGCUAUAUCCGCCGAGCGCCGACAUCCCGCACGCAGCUUCCUCGCAGAAGAAGAAAUGGCUCCCGCGCAGGCAGCACAGCACGCCCCCGCAGCGGCCCCCGCCCCUCCCGCGGACGGACCCGUACCAGGCGCCGUACUUCUUCCCGACGCCCCUGUCCCCCGAUGCCGCCGAUUACGUGCGGCAAGUGCGCAUCAGCCGGAGUUCCGUGGCGACGGGCGGGACGGUGUUCGAGCAGAGGAGGGCAUGUGAACCUGGACCCAUCGUCGUGGGCGGGCAUCGUGCGAGGAGCAGAGAGACCUCGAUCGAUGGGCGGUUGGAUUCGAUUGGGGAGGGUGCGGCUGUUCGGGUGGUCGGAGAGGGGGAGAAGGAGGGGCGGAAUGAAGCGCAGCGGAAGCAGGCUCAGGCGCCAACGAGGAGGCUGUCGUGGCAUCCGGUGACGGAGGAACCUGCGUCGAUGUCGCAGGAGGAGCGGCCGUCUGCAUCUCGCUCACCAUCCGGGUCCGACUCCGCCCCAAAUUCACCCACCAGUUUCCUCAGGAAGUCGCGCAGUUUGCUACGCCCUCCACAACCACUUGCCUUUUCCUCUUUUACAAGCGAAGCUGCUUCGAGUUCGAAAGGUCGCUCGAGGUCCGGCCCGUCGCCUUCACCUGAUACGCGAGAAGGUUCAGGUCCACGAACACGGAAGAAAUUCUCGCUGCUCGAGAAGAUCCAUCAUCGACGCUCGUACAGCGGGGAUAAGGCCACAUGAGCUGGGGUCCCCCCAUCGCCCUGCGAUGGACUCUUUAAUAUGGCAUAGAUGGGUGCUCCCGCAUGCCCGGCUUACCGUUGGGGUUGGCUAGGUACUACAUUCUAUUUUGAAUCUCUUUUGCGUGCGCAUUUGCGUCCCGUUACACUCCACUCAUUAGACUGGCUUCCGUUGCCCAUAUCAUUAUCACAUCUCCCGGUCUCUCUAGUAGGUACAAUAGUAGCUUACGCUAGGCAUAAAUAGUGUAACGUAGAUGUAGAGCGCAAUGCGAAUUAGUACGCACCAUUAAUGCCA